CUCCCACUUCAACCAUCUCUCUCUUCCCCAUUUUCUGGUUUCCAGCAAAACCAUCCGUGACGCCAUUAACGACCCACUUGUGUUCAUACGACGAUUCUUCCACUUUCUCUUUACAAAUCUGUAAAUCCAAUCAAAUUUCUAGCAAUAAUGGGUUUCCCAGUUGGUUACACCGAGCUUUUCCUCCCCAAACUCCUCAUCCACAUCCUAACCCUUCUGGGUUUCAUUCGUAAGCUCAUCUCCUUUGUUUUCCGAUUUGUCGGUCUCGGCGAUUUUCUCGAACCCGAAUUCUCAACAGACCCGACCCGGAGCGAACCGGUUACGCACUUCCACUCUGUAUCCGCGGUUCUCAUCCGUGAGCACCUGCCGGUUGUGAAGUUCUCGGAGCUAGUGGAUCCGCCUGAGAGUUGUGCAGUUUGCUUAUAUGAAUUCGAAGCCGGCGACGAGAUCCGGCGACUGACCAAUUGCCGACACAUAUUCCACCGGUGCUGUCUGGACCGUUGGAUGGACCACGAUCAGAAAACUUGCCCGCUUUGUCGGACCCCAUUUAUACCCGAUGAUUUACAGGAUUCGUUUAAUGAACGGUUAUGGGCGGCUUCAGGGAUCGCCGAUUACUACGGCGAUUCACCGCUGGUUAGUAGUUCAUAAUUAGUGAUAGAAUUUUUAUUUUUAUUUUUGGUGGGUAGUUCAGAGAAUUACACGAUGUAUAUUUUAGUAGCAAAAAGAAAAGAAAAAAAAAGCAUAUAUGGUAUAUGAAAUUUUUGAAUU